GAUCGUGCAAAGAGGUUCUCUUACUUAUUACAGCAGACUGAGCUGUUUAGUCAUUUUGUCAACUCGGCUGCUACCCAGACACCAUCAAGUCCUCUCAAAAUGAAACCAGGACGUCCAAAGAAAAAGGAUGAUCGAUCAAGGAGAUCCUCAGACAUGCGACAUCGGAUGACAGAACAAGAAGAAGAUGAGGAAUUGUUGGAACAGUCAAAGGCUACCAAGACUGUUACCCAAUUUUCAUCAUCUCCACCAUAUGUGAAGAAUGGUGAAAUGCGGGAUUAUCAAGUGAGAGGUCUGAAUUGGCUUAUAACUCUGUUUGAAAGUGGAAUUAAUGGAAUUCUGGCUGAUGAAAUGGGUCUUGGUAAGACUCUAGAAACCAUCUCAUUUCUUGGGUAUCUCAAAAACUACAAGAACAUUCAUGGUCCUCACAUUAUAAUUGUUCCUAAAUCAACUCUUGCCAAUUGGAUGAGUGAAUUUAAAAGAUGGUGCCCUUCAGUCGAUGUAGUUUGUCUUAUUGGCAAUAAGGAAGCCAGAGCUCAAUUCAUUCGCAGCACUUUCUUGCCAGGAAAGUGGGAUGUUUGUGUGACAUCAUAUGAGAUGAUUUUGAUUGAAAAGGCAUCAUUCAAGAAAUUCAAGUGGAGAUAUGUUGUUAUUGAUGAGGCCCACAGGAUCAAAAACGAGAAGUCAAAACUCUCUGAGAUUGUGAGGCAGUUUCGCUCUGCUAAUCGUUUACUGCUGACUGGAACACCUCUUCAGAACAAUUUGCAUGAGCUGUGGUCUCUUCUAAACUUUCUACUGCCUGAUGUCUUUAACUCAUCAGAAGAUUUUGAUGCUUGGUUUGAUGCAGCAAAGCUAGAAGACAACACACAACUUGUUGGCCGACUACAUGCGGUGUUGCGUCCAUUUCUCUUGAGGCGGUUGAAAUCUGAUGUUGAGCGUGCUCUUCCUCCGAAGAAGGAAACCAAGCUGUAUGUUGGUCUCAGCAGAAUGCAGAGAGAAUGGUACACAAAGAUUCUUAUGAAGGACAUUGACAUUGUUAAUGGAGCUGGCAAGGUUGACAAGAUGCGUCUUCUUAACAUUUUGAUGCAGCUCAGGAAAUGUGCAAAUCACCCUUACCUAUUUGAUGGAGCUGAGCCAGGACCACCAUACACAACAGACUACCAUUUAGUGGAGAACUCAGGCAAAUUGGUUGUGUUGGACAAGCUGUUGCCUAAACUAGAAGAGCAAGGAUCAAGAGUUCUAGUAUUUAGUCAAAUGACCAGGCUGUUGGAUAUCUUGGAAGACUAUAUGAUUUGGCGUGAGUACAACUAUUGUAGAUUGGAUGGGUCAACUCCACAUGAAGAGCGGCAACUUUCAAUUGAUUCAUUCAAUGCUCCAGGUAGUGAGAAGUUUCUAUUUCUUUUAAGCACAAGAGCAGGAGGACUGGGAAUCAAUUUGGCAAGUGCUGAUACUGUCAUUUUAUUUGACAGUGACUGGAACCCACAGUUGAGAAGUUCUACAGUGGCGACGAGGAUAGUGGGCGAUGGCCAGCAGAACAAGUAUGGCACGCUGGGAGAAUACCGUCUGAGUACGGAGAGCGUGGAGGAGUAUCAGGAGAGGUUUCAGCUAUUCUGUAUCGCAAACGGCAUCGCUGAUGGGGAAGGCCAAGAGGCACAACAUGAGAUUGUAUCAACACUGAGGAACACUGAGCCAAAGAAGAUUAUCAUUGCGGAAAGGUUCCGUUUCUACAAGCGUCAGCAACGAGAAAGUGAAAGUAUUGCAACGUACCUCGCUGAAUUGCGGCGGCUUGUGAAACAUUGCGACUUUGGUGCUUACCUGGCAACAGCCUUGCGAGAUCAAUUCGUGUUUGGUUUGCAUGCUGAGUCUGUACAGCAAAAGCUUUUAGCAGAGGCUGCUUUGACUCUGGAGUCCGCUGUCAAAUUGGCACAAGCCCACGAAAUGGCACGUCAGGAGACACAAGCUAUGCGUCAUGACACCUGGAGACACACACCAAGGAGCCAACCGGAGACGACGUUUGCACUGCGACGUACCGAUGAGCGACCUCCCACGAAGGAAUCGUCUGAGAAGGCAUGUUACCGUUGUGCGGAACGUGGUCAUAUGGCUGACAAGUGUCGUAUGAAGUCCCGGCAGUGCAACAUCUGCAAGAAGACGGGACACAUUGGCAAAGCCUGUCGUAGCAAAGGCAAUGGCUCUAAGCAAUGGAAGGGAAGUGGCACAUCGUUAUCCGGAAAUCAGGCAAUGUGA